GAAAAUUGUCCGCAAAUAUGUUAUGUCCCAAGUUCAAGAUCAGUCAAAGUGGACAGUUGAACAUAUUGCCGACACUGAAGACGUCGAAGACGACCGAUGUGUCAAAAGCGAGACAUCAAAACAGCACGAAUCUGUGCAUAAUGAAAGUAACGGUCGUGUUGAUGAAUGUCAGGAAGAAGUCCAAUUUCUUCAAACUAUUGAAGCUGAUGUAAAGGAUCAAUCAUAUUCAAAUAUUUUGAAACAAGGAAUGGCCUCGCCGGAAGCUAUGAAGUCUCAAUGUUUGUAUGCAGUACAAGGAUCUGAUGAGAUGAUUCCGCCGAUGUCGCCUCAAUUGGGAAACUAG